AUGUCACAAUUACCACCAUCUAAUUCAGAUCCAGGUAUUGAUAUCUUACGAGCAAUAACAUUAGAAAUAUAUCCAUUAAUUUUCAAUUCUUUCAAAUUCAUAACUUUAAUAACAUCAAAUUAUUCAAAAUUAUCAUCAAAACUAACUCAUAAGACACUUAGGGAUGAUAUUCAAUGGAUUAAAGAAUCAAUGGAUCAAGAUAUUUUAAAAUUAAAUAAUUUACAAAAUCAUUUAAAUUUUAUAAAUUCUCAAGAAACUAUAACUAAUAAAAAUGAAAUCUUGACUGUUUUUAAUGAAAUUACAGAUUUUGCUCAAUUGAUCUUGUUGGAUGAUCUUAUAACUACUCUUGAAGGGAUAUCAACAACUUUGACACCUCAAGAUAUAGAUAUUUUAAAAAUCAAUGAAUUAACUAUGAAUGAUAUUGUUUCAAUUUUGAAGAGAUUUUCAAUAAGUUUAAAAAUCACUUGUGAUCCUUUAAAAUUAAUUGAAAGAAAUACUAUAACUACUGAAGAUAUCUCAAUACCACUUUCAAAGUUAAAGAAUAUUAUUGAUACUGUGGAGGAAAGAAAAAUUGUUUUACAACAAAAAUUUGAAGAUUUGAAAAAAGUUGUACAAUGA